AUGUUUAGAAAUUUAAUUAAAUCAUUACCAAAAUCCACCGUUAGAUUAUCAAACUACAGGGUAAAUGUUCCUCAACAAGUUUUCCCAACUAUAAGUUACAACAAUGUUCGUUUUUAUUCUGCAUUCCCCGAUUUAACCAGAGAAAUCGCCAAAGAAAGAAUAUAUGAAUUAUUAGAAGGUUACGAUAAAGUUUCCACCACCAAAGAAAUAACUGACGAUUCAUCAUUCAUUCAAGAUUUAGGAUUAGAUUCUUUAGAUGUCGUUGAAGUUGUCAUGGAAUUAGAACAUGAAUUCAAUAUUCAAAUACCUGAUGAUGAAGCUGAUUCAUUAAAAACUGUUGGUCAAACUAUUGAUUACAUUUUAGCUCAACCAGAUGCUUGUUAA